GCAACUAUUUUUGUCAAAGUUGUUGGUAUCUGAUAUGGUGAUCAAGAAAUUCUACGAGCUAUUUCGGAACUCCAUUACGCAAGUACUAAGUUCAUUAGUGCCAGUUAAAGUCGGAGGAGUAAGAAGGGAAAUGAUGACGGAACUUCAAACUCUUUUCAAAGAGCACUGCGUCGUUCCUGAUGUAAUAAAUAUACCCCCUUCAGAAUUGCUGACCGUCAAAUACCCGAAUGGUUCUAUCGUGUCAACGGGUAAGGAGUUGACUCCUACUCAGGUUAAAGAUCAACCUGUUGUCCAAUGGGCCGCUAAAGAUGAAGAAUAUUAUACGCUAGCCAUGGUCGACCCUGAUGCCCCAAGCCGUGAAGAACCUAAGUUCCGUGAAUGGCAUCACUGGCUAGUCGGAAAUAUUCAUGGCGGACAUAUUGGGAAAGGCGAGAUAUUGUCUGAAUACAUUGGCUCUGGUCCUCCAAAAGGAACAGGGUUACAUCGCUAUGUAUUUCUAGUAUACAAGCAACCUGAGAAAUGUGAUUUCUCUAAAAUGCCAAAGCUUCGAAAUAAUUCAGGCGAUAAAAGAGGAAAGUUUUCCAUUGCAAAAUUUGCUACGCAAUAUAAACUUGGAAGCCCGAUUGCUGGAAACUUCUAUCUUGCCAAAUAUGAUGACUAUGUGCCAAAAUUGUACGCAAAAUUGAAGGGAUAAUUUAUUUACCUAUUUUUCAAAUUGUUACUAUUACUAAAAGCAACAACUAAAUUGUAGAAAGUGCUUUAUGGUAGAACAUCCGAUUGUCUAUGGUAGUAAUCAAUAAUUUCCGCCUCCGCGUGACAUUUCUAUUUUUCGGCCGUGUCCGCCAUUACAUUUGGGAGUUUGCGUAAAUUGGUCGUAGCUCUGCGAGCACGCAUUACCGCGCCGCGCGUUAUCAGUGACAGUUUAUUCGUCUUCGUGCGUAGUAUCGCAGCGUUUUGUGAAACAAAGAGUAUAGACGUUCAAUCGUAUGUCCAUCCAGAAUUUGAACACAUUUGACCCAUUCGCCGAU